UCGUGAUUGACUCUCAACACAAGUCUUUCCCUAGUGACUGCAUCCGUAUCCCGUAUCCGUGAGCAGUGAAGAAUCAACGAGUUGAUCAACACAGAGAAAGAGAGACAACGCUAGAAAUGGCGGUUUUAGGCGACGAUGGAAGAGGAUUUGAACUAGCUAGGAAGCUUGAGAGCUGCGGGAUAUGGCGGACAUGGCUAGGCGAUUCACUUUACUCCACUUUCGGGCACUUUCUCUCCUCUCCAUCUGCUUGGGAAGCUUUCAUGGCUACCGACGACUCAAAGUCAAAGUCAAAGGCUCACAUUCAACUUCAACUUCGUGUUCGCGCUCUUCUCUUCGAUAAAGCUGCCUUCUCUCUCUUCCUUCCUCCUCCCGUUUCUCUCUCCUCCUCUUCUAUCGUCUCUCUUCUCAAUUCCUCUUAUCUGCAAUUGCACGGUGAUGAUGUUUAUUUCACCCUCGAGGAUGGUGCUCCUCAGCGAGAUUCCAAGGUUCAGUCCCAGAGAUUCAGACAAGAUGAUUUUCCUGAUACAUGGUAUCAUCAGUUUAUUGAGAAUUACAGGGCGAGCAAGCCAUUCAUGUUAUCAUUUGCGAAUCAAGAAUUUGAUAAACGUAAUCCUAGUGAGAUGUCUAAUUACCUGAAACUUCAGGAGAGGCAUAAGAGGAGGAGAAUAGAGUUUAAGGAGGAUAAGAGUGGAGGAUUGGGCAGCUCCAAUUCUGAUAAUAGGAUGCAACCUAAUGCAAUUCUGGAUGAGGAUCAUUCUGGUAGCGAUAGCCCAUAUUUCUUUCCAGAAACCAUGUUUAUGAUGAACUGUGUACCAGACAGUGCAGUUCCACCAAGAACAUCAACAAGUGAUGAUAAGCAGAAAGUAGAGUUCCUUGGAGUUCUUGAUACAUUACCACAAGUGGCAACUAAAAGUUCGAUUAUGCUUGAAAGACUUGGUAUCAGGCCUGAGUAUCUUGAACAGGGGCCUGGUCAAUCUCGCACAAAAGUUGGCUUGGAUGGCAACAGAAGACAGCUGUGUCAAGAACAGGCGAUGCAAAUGUCUAAGAGGGUAGUUGCCCGUGUUUCAACAAAGGUGGGAUUUGAAUGUGCCUCUGAAAUUCCUGUUCAGGUCUUAUCCCAGCUUCUCGGCUGCCAUAUCUCCAAACUAGGUCGCAUAUUGAAAGUCCUUGCUGAUAGUUACAAAAAGCAGUGUUCGGCAAUGGAACUGCUCAAAAUGUUCCUCCAUGUAACUGGAAACAGUAACCUUUUCAGUUUAGCAGAAUUUAUGAAGGAUACUAGGAACGUUGUGCAGCAAACUCCACAGAAGAUUCAGGGAAUACCGUCUCCGCUUCCUUUGCCGCAGCAACAUACCCUUCAGCUCCCCCAACAGAUACCUCGACAAACGAACCCUCAAAUGUCUCAGGUGUUCCAUCCCCAAAAUUUGACGUUGCAGCAACAACAACAGUUUGAGAAAAUGCAGAGACGGCAGUUGCUAUCGCCGCGUCCAGCUAUGACCAUGGACAAGGAACGUCCCAUGGUCGAGGUGAAGCAGGAGAACCCACCCGAUUUGCCUUUGGAGAAUAAUGCCAUUAAUGCAAUGAACAGCAGACAAGCCCAAAUACAAUGGCGGCAGCAGCAGCAAGUCCAGAGAUACAUGGGAGCAAGUACCGGUCAAAUUAGGCAGCCAACUUCCAUGCAGCUAUCCCAGAUGCAAUCACAGAAUAUUGGGGCUGUUAGGGCACCACCAGUGAAGGUUGAAGGUUUCCAAGAAUUGAUGGGCGGGGAUACUUCAUUGAAGCAUAAUCCAGAUGAGAAUAAGCUGACUUCCCCUUCAAAGUAGAUGGUGAAGAAAGAAAUAUGGUAGAUCUUGAAUUUUGUUUCUGCAAGUCUGAACUUUAUUGGUUGCUAGCUAAUUUGGAGGAUGCAACUAAGGACGACGCGAACUACCACAAUAGAUUCCUAAAGAAAAGAUGACCCCUCAAACAAAAAUUGCUUUUGACUAGAUUCAAACUCUGGUACCAUUUUCUAACCAAAUAAUAACACUAGGCCUCAGGUUUGGGCCUUUUGUUGUGAAGGUACGCCUCGAAUUCUUCCAUGUAUUGGUUGUGCAAGUUCUUAUCAGCAACCAUUCUACUCAUUUUCUUCGCCUCAUCUCUGUAGAUCGUACCAUGUAUGUCCCCACAGACCACCUUCAGUGAUUGUGCUACUGAAAUUUUAUUGAAUGAUCCAUCUCUAUUGUUUCUUGGUAUUUCUAUCCCCACUUUCUUCUGUUCCAUAACUCUUGCAUUUAACCCUUGGUCCAAAACAAAUGGUAGCAUAACUAGUGGUCUUCCAAACUGAAGCCCCUCUAUUAUAGAACUCCAGCCACAGUGAGUCAAGAAAGCCCCCACGGAGUCAUGUGCCAGUAAUUGGGUUUGAGGUGCCCAAUUUGUCCAAACCAAACCUCGACCUCUGGUUCGCUCCUCAAACCCAUCUGGAAGUUCUGGUUGUGUACCUGCUUGUUUUCGUAGUGCCCAGAAGAAGGGCAGCAUGGACAGCUCCAACCCAAGUGCCAACUCGGUGAUUUCAUCUUGACUAAGAGCAAAUUCACUUCCUAGAGAUACAUAAACUACUGAAUUUUUUGUGUGCUCAUCCAGCCAACCCUUCAUUGACUGCCAGGUGUCAUCCUUGGCCCUUUGUCCCUCUUCUACCGAGACUGGCAUCAAGCCUACAGGAACCACAGGCUUUCCGUGCAGCUCUUCUAGAAGUUGCAAGUAUUCGGCUUCAAGCUCCCUACAGCUGCGUAUGGCAAAUAUAUCACAGUCACGAACUGAAGAUCCACUUCGGAACAUAUCUGAAACACCAGAAGCAUUUGUUUGUGCAGCCCCAAGGCUAUUCUUUGCUUCAUGGAAGCGGUAGACGAUGUUGUUAUUGAAUGGGACCCACUCCAGUGGACUAGUCAGGUUUUCAGGGUUACUCCAUGUGCCAUCCCCAUCCUUGAUCAUUUUUGAUGAUGGACCAAAGGUGGCAGAGCUCCAGCCAUUCAUCAAAGAAAGGAAUACUUUCUGGAUACCUAAUCUAUCAGCAAUUGGAGGUAGCCAGUAACUGGGAUAGUCAUAGAUUAUCCAGUCAAUUGGAGAAGAAGCUUCUAGAAACCGUGCCAAGGGUUCCUUUAGACCAUCAUAGGUCUUCUUGAGUAGCUCUACAUCAUCAAACGGCACGUCUGAGGUGGCCUCAGCAUUUGGGGGUAGCUUUCCAACUCGAGGCAGUGGGACAGGGACUAGCUCAAUGAAGGGGAUCAAGUUCUGAGGAAUCUUUGAGAGGAGGCGCUCAAGAUUCCGUGGAGCAGAGACGUAAGAGAUGUGGUGUCUUUUUAUAGCCAAGUGUUUUGAGAGCUCUAGAAAUGGGAUCAUGUGACCAAAUGCAAGCCACGGGAACACAACUAUGUGAAGCUCCUUCCUGUUCUCCAUGGCUUCUGUUAAACUUGUGGGUAUAGGGGAGGCAAUAACAAAUUCCAGAAGCACUGAAAUUAAUUUUUGUUGUGGAUAGAUAAGUUGUGCCGCUGAUUCUUUGGAGUUUUAUAGACUUUCUGUUAGCAAGAUGGGACAUCUGUUUAGAACUAUUGGUUUCCCCUUCAACUGAUUUCAAUAUAACAGGUGUCGUUUGUUUUCCUUCAAUAUAAGUAUAUAGUAAUUUUUUUUUUUACGGGAAUAUAAGUUUAUAAUUGACUCUAGGGAAUUGAGGUGAAAGCAAUGAAUGAGUAUUCGUGUAACAGCUUUAAUAUAUGGAAAAUCUCCAGCAGUUCAACAUCUGUAAGAUUAGGAUUUUUAUUACCAAAAACAAUGAUUUUCUGAAUAGUGACCAGCUA